AUGUGGAUUAUCCGGGUUUUCUUCUCUGCUACCUACCUGACAGCCAUCGUCCUCUCGAUCCCACUGGCUUUCGAUGUCGGAGGCAAAACAUGCGGUCUGGCCUACUCCCUGUCUCUAGCCAGCUUCUACUUCCUGUUUUCUGUCCUGAAACUCGCGACCCCCGACGCUUCGCGCUUCAGGCGACUGCUCGUCAUUCUCGUGAGCUCGACGCAAUGGCUUAUCGUUCCGGCUUUGCUGAUAUGGUCGCUGAACCUGUUCUCCGUCGAUUCGAAGAGUCGCAACGAUCGUACCAGUCGAUGGCUUGAUACUUACAGCUUGAAGGGUAGCGGUGCGGGCCAGAACCAGGUUGCAUGGGAUGAUGCUUCGACAUGGACUUUUGGUUUGAUGGAGUCGCUUACCAUUGGUAGCUGGGACAAGCUCUUGCGAUGGUCUUCCCCUUUCUUUCAACUCGUUGAAGGCUUCUGCAGUUUGCUUGUCAUCCAAGCUGCUGGGCAGAUUACGCGCUGGCUGGUCAAUAGGAGUGGCGGGGGUGAUACUUGGUUGAUAACUCUUCUGGUCCUCUCUGCGUCUAUCAUCUCAAGUUCAGUCUAUUUCCUAUGGCGAGUGCUUCAGUUCCCAGAAAUAUCCAACGUUGAUGCUGCCCUGAUCGGCGUCGCCAUAACGAACGCUGUCAUUUUGUGCGCCUGGGGAAUUGGCAGUGGCCGUGGCAAUGCGGUCGAAAGUUCGCUACUCUUUGCUUACAUUGUUCUUUGUGUCUAUCAAAUCUUCACCGAUUACCAGCCAUCCGAGCCUGUUGAACAGGCUCCUCCGGCGCAAGCGGCUGAUUUCCCUCCUCUUCCACCCAUCAUCAUGGCAUCAUACAGCACGCUGAUAAGCCUGCUCUCGCUUCUGCCAUCUAUUCUGCAUGCCGCAUUCAACGUCAUUGCAGCCGCUUUUAGCGCCGUCACACCAUCGGUGUUGAUCACUCUCGCCUAUCGCCUAUUCGUGUUCUACGCCUCAACGCGCAUAAUCCCCGCUGUCCGCGAAUCUGGCGCUCGAGCUCUUUCGCAAGAAGCGUCUUUGGAUGAUGACGACGGCGCCAACAAGCUUUUAGGCUUGCUGAGCUGGUUUUCGCCCACUAUCCUUAUCGCGGUGUACACCAGUCUAUUAAUGCAACAUUUCGCCGCAAAUGCUCAGGGCGGAGCUGGUGCCGGACAGUGGUGGCUAAGCCAGGGCGAUGUGGGCUCGAAUUUCUGGAGAUGGAUCAAUCUCGGUUGUACAAUGGCGCUUUAUGCGUUUGAGUUGUGGAUUGGACAAGAGGAUGACCUUAACUCGGGGCUUACGGGACAUUGGAAGACAGAUUGA